AUGUCUUUUAAUAGAUUAUGGAAAUUCUAUUCAAAUGCAAUAGAGCAGUUUUGCAAAGAAACUGCCAGGAAUAUUCAUGAAGUAGUGAAUUAUUACGCAUUACGUUAUCAGGAACUUGUAGUCAAACGUAAUGUAAUUAAUGAUUAUAGAGAAGUCGCUUUAAUAGCAUACGUAUUUUUAUUUGACGCACAUUACCAGGCAAAUGGGAUGAAAGUGCGAAAUCUUUUAGAAGAGGCCGAUAUUGUAGGAAAAAGAAAUAGAUUACAUAAGAUUGAAUUCUCGUUUAAUGGACGCACACUUCGUGCCUGGUCAGUUCAGCAUGAUAAUUGUUCUGAGAAAAAAGAGUUAUAUCCAACCGUUUUAGAAGACCUGUUUAACAAACGAGCGUGUUUAAACAUUCGCCAAGGGGAACUAUCUUCCAAGGAAACAUACUGGACUGAAAUGGUCAAAAUUACUAUGAAGGUAAUGGAUGAUUUUCGCAAUAAAGUUAAUGCCUUUCUUAAGGCAAAUAAUGGUACCUCCUACCUAAAAAUGGCUUAUGAGGAGGUAUUGUUCCCUGUGUGUUUUACCGGUAAAAAGAAAUACUUUGGAAUUGCACACGAGGAGAUAGUAAACUUUAAACCAAAAAAGCUGUUUACCAAAGGAAUUAAUACCGUAAAGCAAGGCCAGUCUCAGCUUUUCAGGUUUGUCGGUGAGAAAAUUAUGCAGGAAGCUUUGGAUAUUAAUAAUGAGUACACGAUACAUCAAAUUGUUGAAAAUACUUUCAAAGAGGCAAGACACAAGCAAUGGGACUUUAAGAAAGGUCUUAAAAUUCCAGAUCCUGGUGAACGAUUCAGUUGUGUGCUUGUAAAGAGUGAACGUCAAUGUGACGAAAAAGGAUGUCUAAUUCCGUGA